AUUGCAUUCCACCUGCAGUAACGAAAGCAGGAGCAGGGAAAGAGAAAAGGAACGGGAAUGCAGUGCCUCGGCUCAUAUGUCUACCUUCUCCUCUUCCUGGGGGCAUUUUCUGCAGGUACAGUUGAUGGAGCCUGCGAUCCUAAAGCUGCUGAGAUCUUAGGAGGCAAUUAUAAUCUCGUGGAAGAUGGAACCUCAUUGAUCUAUGACUGUCCUCAGGGACAGUAUCCCUAUCCGACACAAUUCCGGUUCUGUAAGGAUGGCAACCAGUGGAGCCCCUUGACGGCCAGGGAUGGCAGGACAGUUGAGCAGGCUGUGUGCCGAGCCAUCCGGUGUGUCAGGCCUCUAGAAUUUGAAAACGGUGCAUUUGAGACCUUCCAGCAAUUUUACAACAUAAGCCAGAAGCUGAAGUUCAGUUGCUAUGACGGGCACAAGCUGCGAGGGUCCCAGAUUCGUACCUGUCUCCCCAAUGGGAAAUGGAGUGGAGAAACAGCCAUAUGUGAUGAUGGAACUGGCCAUUGUCCUGACCCAGGAAUUCCGAUUGGCGCUCGAAAAUACGGCACACAGUAUCAAACAGAGAGUUCAGUCCGCUACCAAUGUUCUAGAGGGUUGUCUCUUAUUGGAUCAAAGGAAAGAGUUUGCCAAAAAUCAGGAAUUUGGAGCGGAUCAGAACCAGAAUGUCGAAGCCCAUUCACUUUUGAUUCUAAAGAAGAAAUAGUCACCAAGUUCCUUCCAUCCCUCAUUGAAGUUGCUUUGUCUGCCAGCCAAGGAGCAUCAGCUAACAACAAAAGUGACUCACUUAAUAUCUACUUUCUCAUUGACGCCUCGAAAAGCUUUGGCCGAAAAAGGUUCAUAAAGGCUAAGGAAGCACUGGUGAAGUUAAUCCAGAAGAUCUCCAGCUAUGACCUCCUUCCCAAUUAUGGCAUUGUGACUUUUGCCACCGAAAGCAGAAUGGUUCUGAGUACGACUUAUCCACAGAGUAGCGAUGCUGGCUGGGUGUCUGAACUGCUGGGUUCCAUUAGCAUCGAUGCACAUGAGCUGAAGCCUGGAACCAACAUCGCGAAUGGCUUUCAACUUGUCUAUGAGAUGAUGAUCGAGCAGGACUUGAAAGAGAAGCGAAGGGGGCUGAACCCCACUCCUGUCUCCACCACAACUCGUCAUGUCAUUAUCCUCCUAUCGGAUGGAAACUACAACUUGGGGGGCCCCCCGUCUAUUGUCAUCCAACACAUAAAGGAGUUUCUUAACAUUGGGAGACCUUCCGAAAACUCUCAUGAUGAUCAUUUGGACAACCACAGUGUGGGGAUCUCCUCAUCUACUGUCCUACAAAUAGACAUUGGCGGAUCUUCCCCAAACCAUCGUGAUGAUCAUUUGGAUAUCUAUGUCUUCGGCACCGGCCAUGAGCUCAACAUAGAGGUUAUUAAUGAGUUGGCGUCUCACAAACCCAAUGAGAGACACAGCUUCAUUUUGAAGGACUUGAAUGAACUGCAAGAGGUCUUGGAGAAGAGUCUGGAUGAUGGUGAAUCUUUGCCCACGUGUGGUUUCUCACCCGGAGAAGAAGCUGUAGAUGACUAUGAAAAGUAUCCCUGGUUUGCGAGGAUUGUCAUCAACGAACCGCGGCAAGAAAUCUGCAAGGGAGUCAUUGUCUCUGACCGGGAUAUCUUGACAGCAGCCCAUUGCUUGGCCGGGAUUAAUGGGAUCGAAGAUAUCAGCGUCAUCCUUGGAACCACCAACUUUGCAGUAGCUGAAAUCCGACGCCACCCAGAAUACAAUAGCCAGAAAGUAACAAAUACGGGCACCCCGGAGUUCUACGAUUAUGACGUUGCUCUGGUCAAACUCAAAGAAAAGCACCUUCCAUCUUUUGCAAGGCCAGUCUGCCUACCGUGCACAAUAGAAACCACUAGGAUUCUGAGAAAGCCACAUCCACAGACCACGUGCAAGGAUCACGAGGAAGAACUCCUGUAUGAUGGAAAUAUUCCUUCUCUUUUCAUCACCCCCUGCGAAUACAGCAGUGGUCAGAAAUCUGGAUUGCUCCAGAGAAACGUGUGGAUCAAGAAUGGAGAAAAGAAAAUGGCCUGCAACAUGGAUGCUGAAAAAGCCAAACAAUACAAGAACGUUGCAAAUAUCUCAGAGGUGGUGAACGAACACUUCCUUUGCACAGGAGGCACUGAUCCACGAGUGGACCCUAACGUUUGUUCAUAUGAUUCUGGUGGGCCUCUCCUCAUUCAGAGAAGGCUACGUUACGUCCAGUUGGGUGUGAUCAGCUGGAGCGUGGUUGACACUUGCAAAGGAAGUAGAUCAUUACUGUGUGACGUGGAGCCUGUAAAGAAGAAGUCCCUUCCUCACGCCAGAGAUUUCCACAUCAACAUCUUCAAAAUUCUACCUUGGCUCAAGGAGCAAUUGGGGACAGAGGUGGAGUUCUUGUAAACUCGCUUUUCUCUUUGCUUUGUUUUGAAUAAAUGGACCGCAUAUUUCCGCAUCCUUAAAACUGAAUGCAAUAUUAAUAAUUGUGCACUAAAUAUCAGGCGGGGAGGGAGGUGCACACAGGUGAGUUGUGCUGGCCCUCAGCUCUCAAACCCGAACUAUCAACUUUCCAGCUGACAGUCAAUGGAGAUUCUCAGUCAUCCAGGUCAUGGUUGUCCCAAAAGUGCCUUUUCAAGAGGCAACUGGACUUUCUUGGUUUAUCUUUGAAGACGUUUCGCUUCUCAUCCAGAGCUGAAGAAGCUUCUUGGAUGAGAAGCGAAACAUCUUUAAGGAAAAAGUUGCCUCUUGAAAAAGCACCUUUGGGAUUUCCAGCUGACAGGCUCAGCUGGAUGGCUGGCGACCAGUUGCAAGAUGAGGAUUACCUGGAGAAUGGCAUGGUUGUUAAGGAGAUAAGGAAAGGGAACAGCACAUCUGUGUGUAUUUAAUGGGGCUUUUUGACUUUCCAAUUCUGGAGGGCGUGGAGUUUGAUGCUAUGACAAAAAUGAUGUAGAGAAGGAACAUUUUUCUAUUUCACACAUCAACAAUUUGAAUCAAUCAAAAUAAUUCUUUUUCAGAAAUACCAACCAAUGAAAACUGUAUUAAUUCAUAGUAUAAUUCAUUAAAAUGGCAUUAAAAUGAAAUCAAAAUCUUGAUUGCGAUGGAGGCUUAUGAUCAAAUGAGCACAUAUGAUAGGCAUCAAUCAUUUCAUCAAUUCAUUCCCAAGCUUCCUAUCUUAAGGGCUUCCUAUUUUAACGCGGCUUUAUUGUCUAUUUCCGCCAUGAGACAUACACAACAUUAAAAAAUAUAUAUUCAACUUUUGUGAGCUGCCUGCAGCGUUACUGCAGCAAAACACUGGAAGAUAAUAGCACAUCUUAUAAGCAGAUUCAUAAAACUGGUGCCUUUGGGAGAAUGCAAUAUUAUAUACCACGCAGAAAGUAAGGAAGAACUAGUAAGCCGAGGAAACUGAUAGUAUGAAAUAAAAGAAAAGGCAAUUCAAACAUCUACAAACAGCAUUUCCCAUAUCCUUGCAAACCUUCAUCCCUUCCCCCAGUACAUAGAUUCACACAUUACUUUUUGAUUUUCAAACUUAUCCUUUUUUCCUCUUAAAGAUCUCAUCAAUUUCAUCCAGGCCACAUCAUCCUGGUUUUAUGUCUGUUGCUGAUGUUGUUUUGAAAGUUUUAUUCAUGGCUUUAAGUGUUAUAAAUUUAAUGUGAUUUUAUGUCUUUUCAUUUUUGCUUGAGAAUUGCCCAGAGUUGGUUGAAAGAUGGGCGGCUGUAUAAAUGUCUUAAAUAAAUAAAUGUUUGUUUUGUUAUUUGA